CGCUUUUGAGUGGAGCACCACUCGCCCCAUCGGCUGCAGCCAGCCCCUAUUGGAUUUUCCGGAAGUAGUACAAAUAAUAAACAGACGUCUGUACAUUCAUCUCUUUACUGGUCAUUUAACAACAUUUUAACCGGUAAUAUGGAAGGGGCACUGGAGCAAUAUCUUGACGAUACGAUGAAAAAUCCUUCCAUUGUUGGGGUUUUGUGCACAGACGCCCAAGGCCAUAAUUUAGGAUGCCGUGGCUCGCUUUCUGACGAACAUGGAGGAGUUGUGUCAGUAUUGGCCAGACAAGCUGCUUCUCUAACCAAAGACCCAACUGACUCCCCUACUGUGUGUUUGGAGUCUGACUGCGGGAACAUUUUGGUGAGAACGCACGGAACAAUUACAGUAGCUGUGCAUAAGAUGGCAUCGUGAGUUCAACUACUUGCAGUUUUGGAAGGAUUUGUUUAGUCCGAUAUUAAAUGCGUGCAGUGUUUUUAAACAGCUUGGUCUAUUUUCAGCAACCUGUUAACUUAAUGAUUGGCUGAGAUCAUGUCUUCCCUCAUGCCAUAAAAUAUUAGAUGUCUGUCCAUGGUUAAUCCUUCCAAUAUUUGUAUAUGCUCUUAACCAUAAACCACAGUUCAGAUGUGUUUAUGGCUUUUGUUAAAUAAUAUUGUUGUCAAAUUAAUAAAAUUGUGUUAUGUAAGAUAAAUGAUUUUGACUGAAUUCAUGAAGGAUUUAAAUUUUCGCCUUUAGUUUAAUUAGUAACUAUCAUAGAAUGUCCAAAAGGGGGCGGUAGUUGUAAGCAGCUUUAAACUACUGAAUAUCAACAAACCUGAACACAAAAUUUACACACACGUUGCAUUCAAUAUCAUUAGACCAUGUGUCCAGUAAUGCUCAAUUAUAAAAAUGUUUUCUCUUGGCCAGAAAAGUAUAAAACAUAAGACCAAAAGCAUUUAAAUGAGAUGACUCAAUCUAUUGCAAAAUGCCUUUGAGAUAAAUCUAUCAGGCUUGUCAUGGAAGGUUUCUCCUGGAUGCAUCUGAUGGCUGGUGUCCAAAAACAUUCUAGCUUACAUAAAGUGAAAAAAGUUGGCUCAUCCAUCCACGGUAAAAGAUUCAUUAUUUUCACCUUAACUUGAUUCAUCAGAAUCGGAUACAAUGCCAGAUCUGAGUUUAUUGGCCAUGUUAACACAUACAUGGAAUUUAACCAAGGUCGCAAUCUAUAGACAAAGUAAAAAUACGUACUGGAAUGUGCAGCAUAAAUCGUAAAAGAGAAAUCUUAUUAAAUCAUUUAAAAUGUUUUUGGCCUUUUUGUUGACAUUACUUUUACAUAUUAUCUGUCACUCUUAAUAUUUAAAUGUGUAAUCUUGUUUCAAGAUGAAAACAGAAUCACUUUGUUAAACUUUCAUGACAAUAGAAAGAUAGAGAACGCGCUUUGUUCUCGUGCACAUUGUCGUGAGAGGCUUUGUUGUCGUGCAGGUGAUCGUGAAAGGGCUUGUGGGAAAGUAUGUUGACUUGACGACGUGUUACAUAGGCUGAACACGCCGAUUGAACUGUACAAAGCAGGUUCAUGUACUCAAGUAAUUAUACUGAUUGUGUUUGGAAUUAUCAUGAUUAUUUAUUUGACCAUGGUAAGUGUUAUUUAUUUAUACAUUAGGAUGAUAAAUAUCACAAUGUGGUGAUGGUUUUAUAUAUAUAUGGUUACAAAAAAAAACAUUACCAUCGUGUGAUAUCUUCACUUCAACCCAUAUGGAGAACAGCAGGCUCUCCUGAUUUUGCCAAGUGGUUGAUGUCCUUAGGGCAACAUUUAAAUCAACCAAUCAGAUUUCAGAAAUAACUUUACAGUUUAUUUUAAGUUUAAUCUUACAACCAGGAUUAGGUGCUUUUAGACCAUUGUUUUUCACUUAUCAUUUCCCUCAGAUUUUAGGGGUAAAUUUAUGGUUAGGGUUGAGGUUUGGUGUGGGUUUAGGUUUUAUUUAUAAAAAUGUUUUCCUUAGGUCAACAAAAUAUGUUGUCCUGAGGACAUCAACCACUUGACAAAAUCAGGUCGAGCAAGAACAGUAUUUCAAACGCUAAAAGUAUAAUUAUGAAGUAAAUGAACCAGCGUGCGUGUAUGUGUGUGUGUGUGUGUAUGUAUAUAUAUAGGUUACAUAUUGUUUGUUACCAUUUAAUACCUAUAUAGUAGGUGGGCUGUGAAAGUUACAUAUCCUCCUCCUACACAGUUUGUCCCCUCUGGAAAUCUAACAAGUCACCAUUUUAAGUCACCCAUUUCUGAGGAACAAAACUUGUUCUGCAAUGGCAUGCCUCUCAUGUAUUAUAUAGUAACAAACAAUAUAAAAAGCAGUCAUAAUGUUUAUUUUUCAUAAAAACCACACAUGUAAUAUUGACCCCAUAACAAUGGGUACACACACACACACACAUGUCUGGUUUACUAUCUCCGUGGGGAUAAAAAGAAAACUUUUUGCAAUUUUAGAUUUUUUUAAAAUAUUGUUCUGUACAAUUUAUAAGCUUUUGGUCCCCACGGUGACACGAGUCCCCAUGUGUUGGUGUGCAUUCAGGUUUAGGUCCCCACCGGGAUAUAAAAACAUGUCCACACACACACACUUGUUUCUGUGGAUUCAACAGUUAAAUUAGAGUUGAAAUUUAAUUAUUUAAUCAUUAUGUAACUGUCAAGACUGCUGUAUGGUAUGCCUAAUGAUGACAAUGAGAGUUCAAAAAUAAACUUACAGUUACUUAUACCCUACAAAGC